UACAGAAGUUGCAGCUCGUCUCACCCCAGGGUGACACGCCGGUGUUGUGGGAUAACCGUCGCUGCAUUUCCUCGUCAGGAGCCGGCGUGUUGAACAGAAGCAGGUCAGAAAGGACAGGGUGAGAAAAUGUUCAGACUCCUCAGUCACCGAAGCAAGAGGCUGCCGAGCUGCCUCACAAGCCAGCGGCGCUAUGAGCACCACCGGGCCGUCAUGGCCAUCCGUCGGGAGGACAUCAAUCCCUGGGAGAGGAGGGCGCCGCUGGCCCCUCGCCACGUCAAGGAGCUGACCAAUGCUGGUGUCAAAGUCCUAGUCCAACCCUGCAACAGCAGAGCUAUUCAUGAGAAGUACUACUCGAAGGCCGGGGCCAUGAUUCAGGAGGACAUCUCGGAGGCGUCGCUUAUAAUCGGAGUGAAGAGGCCGUCUGAGGACAAGGUCAUCGAGAGGAAGACGUACGCCUUUUUCUCCCACACUAUCAAGGCCCAGGAGGCCAACAUGGGGCUUCUGGGCGAUUUACUGAAGAAGGAGGUUCGUCUUAUUGACUAUGAGAAGAUGGUCGAUGCUAACGGCUACCGGAUAGUCGCAUUUGGCCAGUGGGCUGGUGUCGCAGGAAUGAUCAACAUUUUGCAUGGACUGGGGCUGCGCUACCUGGCUCUUGGCCACCACACUCCCUUUAUGCACAUUGGCAUGGCUCAUAACUACAGGAAUGUCAGCCAGGCCGUCCAGGCAGUGAGGGAUUGUGGUUAUGAGAUCUCCAUGGGCCUAAUGCCCAAAUCCAUCGGUCCUGUCACGUUUUGUUUCACCGGAACCGGCAAUGUCUCCAAGGGAGCCCAAGACAUCAUCAACGAGCUUCCAGUUGAAUAUGUAGAACCUCAUGAGUUGAAGGACGUCUCAGAGAGUGGAGAUAUGUCAAGAGUUUACGCCACUGUUCUGAGUCGACACCACCACCUGAUGAGGAAGAGCGACGGCAUCUAUGACCCAUUGGAGUAUGAGAUCCACCCGGAGCUGUACACCUCCCACUUCAGAACCAGCGUGGCGCCGUACACAACCUGUCUGAUCAAUGGCAUUUACUGGGACCCCCACACCCCACGACUGCUCAGGCGCCUGGAUGCCCAGAAACUGAUGCGAGCUCCCAAAACCUUGUCUGCAGCCAUUGGCGGAUCACCACGGCUGCCACACAAGCUGCUGGCAAUCUGUGAUAUAUCAGCUGACCUGGGAGGCUCUAUAGAGUUCAUGACUGAAUGCACCACCAUUGAUAGGCCUUUCUGUAUGUACGACGCUGACCAGCACAUAGACCACGACAGUGUGGAGGGAAACGGUGUCCUCAUGUGCUCCAUUGACAAUCUUCCUGCUCAGCUCCCCAUCGAAGCCACAGAGUACUUUGGAGACCGCCUCUUCCCUUACAUCUGGGAGAUGCUGCCAUCAGACGCCACCAGACCUUUGGAGGAAGAAGAAUUCAGCCCACAAAUCAGAGACGCUGUCAUCACCUCAAACGGAGCACUCACCCCAAAGUUUGAAUACAUUGAAAAACUUCGAGAAAGAAGGGAGAAGGCGCAGAUCCUGAACAAGACCGGGAUGAAGCGAGUUCUGCUGUUAGGUUCAGGAUACGUCACUGGACCCGUUGUUGAGUACCUGACUCGCAAUGAGAUGAUCCAGGUCACUGUGGCGUCGAUGCUGCUGAAGCAGGCGGAGGCGCUGGCAGCCAAAUAUCCCAACGUCAUCCCCAUCACGUUGGAUGCCAGCAGCCAGGAAGGACACCUCGACUCUCUGAUCAAAGAUCAUGACUUGGUCAUCAGCAUGCUGCCGUACACCCUCCACCCGCUCAUCGCCAAACACUGCAUCAAGAGGAAGGUAAACCUGGUGACUGCCAGCUACCUGAGUCCUGCCAUGAAGGAGCUGCAGAGCAGUGCGGAGGAGGCGGGCGUCACCAUAGUGAAUGAGAUGGGACUGGACCCGGGUAUUGACCACAUGCUGGCCAUGGAGUGUAUCGACAAGGCCAAAGCCGAAGGCUGCACGGUGGAGUUCUACAGCUCGUUCUGUGGUGGUCUUCCUGCUCCGGAAUGCUCAGACAAUCCUCUCCGCUACAAGUUCAGCUGGAGUCCGUACGGCGUCCUCCUCAACACCAUCAGCCCUGCCGUCUUCCUCAAAGACAACCAGGAGGUGAGCAUCCCGGCCGGCGGCUCUCUGAUGGAAUCCACCAUGCCACUGGAUAUCUUUCCUGGUUUCAACCUGGAGGGAUUUCCCAAUCGUAACAGCACCAUAUAUGCAGAGUCGUACGGCAUUGAGACCGCACACACACUGAUCAGAGGGACCCUGCGCUUCAAGGGCUUCUCCAAGGCCAUGAGUGGUUUUGUCAAACUGGGUCUGAUAAACAGCAAGCCCUGUCCCAUCCUGCAGCCCACUUCAUCUCCCGUUUCCUGGAAAGAGCUGCUCUGUAAGCAGAUCGGAUUGUCCUCUUCUCUGUCCCAGGCGGCCUUUGAAGAAGCCGUAUAUGAACACAUUGAAAAGGAUGAUUUCAGAAUGGACAGCCUGAGAUGGUUUGGGAUGCUGAGCAACGAUUCAGUGCCUCAGGCCGACAGCGUUCUGGCGUCUCUGACAAAACAUCUGGAGGCCAAGCUCUCAUUCAAUAAGUGCGAGCGAGACAUGAUCAUCUUGAGGAACGACGUGGGGGUUCGCCACCCGACUGGCGAGCUGGAGACUAAACAUGUCAGCCUGGUGGUUUAUGGGGACCCUAAUGGUUUCUCUGCCAUGGCUAAGACUGUAGGAUACCCAACAGCCAUCGCUGCUCGCAUGGUCCUUGACGGCGAAAUCAACACCAAGGGUCUGGUUGCUCCGAUGUCAAAGGACAUCUAUGGGCCGAUCUUGGACCGACUGAAGCAGGAGGGACUGCGCUUCAUGUCCAAAAGCACCUUGGAGGAGGAGUAGAAGUGAACGAAAGAGAACAAAUAACUCCCUGUAAAUCCUGUCCAGCACAAAUACUUUAUAAAAUCCAUAUGCUAUCUGUUGCCUUUACAACAACUUUAUCAAAACAUGAUCUUUAGUCAAACUCACUGGCCUGCUAGGGGGUUCUAAUAAGAUAAAUAUUAGUCAUUUUUUUAAUAUAUAUAUAAUGGUAAAAGGUGAAACAUGUUUUAAUAACCAAAAGUUAUUUCUAUUGUGUUAAAAUGAAACUUUGACUAUUUAGUAAUCUUAAUGUAAGCUUCCCUAGUUUGGCUGAAUUGGCUCUGUUUCAGAGAAAAGUUCUUCUGUGAAGAUGAAUAAAACGUUCACUGAUCAAAAAAAAGUUAGCAUUAGAAAUUUAAAGCAUUUAAAAGAAAAUACAUUUACUAAUUGUCAAAAGUACAACUGAAGACACUAGGUCUGCUUGGGAUUUAAAACUACUUUUCCCAAAGACUAAAAAUGUUGCUUUUGGCAUAUGUCAUAAAAAAGUAAUGUCAUACAAAGCAUACUUGUUGUCACCUAUAAAAAAAAAAACAAAGCAUUAAAAUGUUCAGAGGGCAAUGGGAGCAAUGCUUCCUACUUUUUUAAACCUUGUGCAAUCAAAGUUGUGUGAAGUGUCAGUGAGAAAUUAACAAAGGUUGAAAAAGUUUUCCAUGGUAACUGUCCUAUUUUCCUGUCAACAAAAUGUCUGUGCUACUACUGGUUCCUUUAUGAAUUAAAAAAAACAAACAAACACAGCUUGAUGCUGCUCUCACUUAAAACGUAUUAACUUAAACAAGAAACCACAUCUUACAUACAGCAUGCAACCUAAGUUUCAGAGUGAUGCAGUUGUUAUUUUCUCACCCUCUACCCAUGUUGAAUGAAUAGCAAAUGUAUUUGCACCUAUGGGUUUGUUCUAAAAAUGUGGUGUGGUCCGGUGCAUUGUUGGCACAUUUUUAUACAGAGACAGCCGAAAUGGGGGACUGAUUAAGUGACUGACCUUCAAAAACGUAUUAUUAAACUUGCUAUUCAAAGGUGCAUCUGGAAAGUAGAAAUAUGCAUAAACUCUGCUUGUAACAAACACUAAGGGGAAAAUGCAAAAGCAGAUGUUUCCUCUGCAGGUAAGUGGUCUUAGGUCUCCACAUUAAGUUCCUUUUCAAACUAAAGGCAUGACUAAUAAAAGCCAAAUACUUGCCCUUGUAUGUUCCACAUUAAAACUAUACAACAUUUCUUAAUAAAA